GGCGUUGCCAAGCCUGGGGAGAGCUGCUUCGGCGUCCACCCUCGCUGGCCAAUAAAAGUGGCCGCUUCAAGCAGCAACCUCGAGUUCCGGCCCCAAAGCAGCCGGCUUGCAUGUGCUGACGGCCCUGUCAGCCACCGCCCGGGCCCCGACCGCCACCCAGCCGCAGUCCAUGCAGAGCCCAGAAGUUCAGGCUGAGCGCUGCCAGUAGGCGGCCCCUGCGGCAACCUGCAUCGUUAUCCAGCACCAGACCGCCGGCCCAGCCGCGGCCACCGGUCAUCCCCGGUUGUGCUCGCCCCGCCGCUGCCCCAACACCCUACGCCGCCAUGCCGCACCGUGUGGGCGGCCCCGUGCCCACGGUCUCGAGGUCUGGCCGCGAGAACCAAAAGUAUGGCGAGGACGGCGAGCGCCUGGUGGCCGGCUCCAUCCCCGUGCGCUUCACGGCGGGCGUGGAGGGGCCCGAGGGCGUGGAGGUGCUGCUGAUCACCAGCCGGCGCGGCAAGGGGCACGUGUUCCCCAAGGGCGGGUGGGAGUGCGAUGAGGAGCUGCGCGACGCGGCGGCGCGCGAGACGGUGGAGGAGGCAGGCGUGCGGGGCGAGCUGGAGGAGCCCAUCAUCGGCAAGUUCCCCUACUCCGGCAAGGCCGAGCGGCAGCAGGCGGGGCGCUGCGUGGCUUACCUCUUUGCCAUGCACGUCUCUGAGCUGCUGCCCGAGUGGCCAGAGGCCAACCAGCGCAAGCGCGAGUGGUUCUCGCUCCAGGAGGCGUGCCGGCGGUGUCGGUACGAGUGGAUGCGUGAGGCGCUGCUGACCUGGAUGCGGCGCAGGGGCUGGGAGGCCGCCGCCGCGGCAUGUCAGCAGCAGUGUUGCGAGGAGCAGGCGGCAACCUGUGCGGCAGUCAUGGCCACCGGCCAGGUGCCUGAGGUGGCUGUGCCGCAGGCGUAUGAGCGCAUCGCCGUAAGGACUUGAAACCAGCGCCGCAAGCCGGACCUGGGCGUGAUCGUGACGAGGCCUGGCUCCUGCGUCUGCUCCAGUCCCGCCGCUUCCGGCCUGCGAUGAUCGCUCUGGCAGGCGCAGCGGCUUGCCACGCGUGCGUGGGUGCUCUGUGACGCCCCGCUGAUUUCAGCCCAGGCUGCCUUUGGGUUUGGCCCCAGCCGAAGGUUGAUUUCCGCACUGUUUCCCCGGCGCGCCAAUGUGCGCCUGUAUCCCAUUUGUUUACGCUCCCUUUGCUACUGUUGAUCUUUGUACCCUCCUUUGCAGCACUUGUUUUUCAUCACGCUGUACGCUAUCCCAACCUACCACACGCCACUCGCCCCCGCCCUCGCCUGUGUCCCUCUCAGCAGCUCCGCAGCUGCCUCUCAAUUCACACCUGCUAACUUGCUACACAUUGCGCCUGUUUGUCGUAUGCUUCCUGGCUGCCAGCCCGCUGUGACAGUGUGUUUUUGCACUUCGGGCGCUUCCACCAAACCUGCUCCUGUGAGAGAUGAGCAACCA